AUGCUGUGCAACACCACCUCCUCACUAAUCGUCAGGGGCGCGGAGAGCGCAGUGCACUACGGUGAGGCUGCGCAGCGGGGGCUCACCCCCUGCACCGCGCUCUCAGCGGCGGGAGGCGGCGGCCACGAGCGGAGCGGCGCGAGAAGGGGGGGGGGCGGCGGCGAGGCGCCGGUGAGCGAGGCGCCCGCGCCAUCAGAGGGACGCGCCGCUGCGAGAUGGAGGGCGGCG